AUGGAGGAGGUUUCGCUAGUUGAGGUGACAUCUUCCACUGGAAUCUCUUUUGUACCGUUGGAACUUGGAGUAUCAAAGUUGGUAGGUUUGUUCAAUGGUUCUGCCGCGUAUCUUCCUUUGGCUUUCCAUGAUGUUCACUCCGACAAACCAACAGUUUCAUCUGCAUUGUCUAUCGGUGCUGACCAAAAAAAUUCAUCACAGCCAUCUACAUUAUCUUCAUUCACGAUGGCAGGAAAUGUCGGCUGGAUUGAAGAGGACCCCGAAGAGGAUCCCGAAGAAGAACCCGAAGAGGAAAAAGAGGAGGUAGACGAAGAAAAAGAAGAAGAGGAAGACCACGAAAUGGACAUGGAUGAGGACGAAGGUGAAGAAGAGCCAGAGGAGGAAGUCUUCAACCCUCCUUACAUCGCGAGGGUACCUGCAAACCGCUGGGGGCACAGCGGGCCUGAACCCCGUUGA